AUGGCACCUCAACGCUCGCUCGGCAAGAGCAUUCUCUUGAUCAUGGUAUCCAUGUCCGGUAUCUGGGCGGGAAUGCAACGUGCGCCCGUGGACCACAGCAUCCACCGUCGGCAAGAAGUCGUCGGCUCGGCUUGCUCCAGCGAAGGACAGUGGUACUGCAUGACAAAUUCCUGGCAGCGCUGCGCCAGCGGUCAAUGGGGCGUCGUCAUGCCAUGCGCCGCCGGCACCUCCUGCAGUCCCGCUGGCUUGACGACUGAUCUCCAGGUCCAGCAGGGCGGUCAAGGCCAGGCCCAGCGCGACGGCGCCGCCCAGGCCCAGCGCGACGGCGCCGCCCAGGCCCAGCGUGAUGGCGAAGCCCAGGCCCAGCGCGACGGCAAGGCCCAUGGCCAGGUGGGCAGAGGUGGAAGCGACGGACCAAACACUGGCCUUGGUCCUCUGCUGCCCAUACCUCUCCUUGCCAUGGCCAUGCUCCUGUAG